GCGCGUCGUCUGUGGAAAAGUGCCGAUUCAGCAGUUUAUCUGCGUUACCAUGGGGAUAAGGUUGUCUCCAUGGUUUCAGUUUAUACGCUAAGGGUGGGCGUCAUUUGGAAAAACGCCACGCGCAACGCCGAACGACGCGCUCGACGCGUCUAUCUUUUUCUGCAGUCUUCCUCACCCUCGGUGCGAGCUGCUGAUACCACAGUUGAGAGAAUGUCGACGACAUCAGAAGCUGUGGUGAUAGGCAGGAGAUUCCAGGUAAGAUCCUUUGUCUCGCUAACCAUGCACCCUACGCGGCCUUCCUUCGGUACUUGCAGAAAGUGAGCUCCUAUCGUUUCAGCCACCAAAUCAAGUGCGUCGCUCCGCUAGGAAGUGAGUGUCAGAAUCGUUCAAACAAUGUGUAGCUAAACUACUGAUCUCCAUGUCGUCUUCAGCUGAGGCAGUAGCUGUCCACUGUACUGAAGGCUCCGAACACGUCACGUCAGUAUACCCUCUCACUCCACACGGCAACUCCCAGAGAAAGUAUAGCAAUGAACAAACCUACAACUAUGUGAAUGUUGUACACCCUCCACAGAGCCGCCAUUGAAAGAACAGUGCAGCGUUUUCUCUACGUCAGGAAGUACAGAGUGUAUGUGAUGUUUUGUGGAGAUCUGAGUCUGAGGGUCUUCUCUGAUACCUUCCAACACAUGCAGACUAUACCCACCACCUCCACUGCUCUCUGCGUGGAGUUUGUAGAGGCCACAUCGACACUCUACAUUGGGCAAUCUGGGUACAUCAAGGCGUGGCACCUUGGUAAUCAGCUGUACUGUCCACUAGAGCCUGAGCAUCAGUCAACAGUAGCAGUAGGGAAGGAUGAGUGGGUGGUAGGGCUGGACUAUGAGCUAGACACUGGCAGAUUGGCUGCUGCAACUGAGAAAAGAGUUGUUAUCAUUGACACAAAGGUACAUAAAGAAAUUGCCACCUACUAUUCUGGCAAAUGCAGGGACGGCAUUACUGGAGCUGUUCUCUUCUCUUCACUGGGAUAUCUUAUUCUUGCAUUCAGAAAUGGAUUGAUAGAGGUAGUGAACUCCGCCUUGAACACUGAAGUUGGAGAGCUGGCAGGCCACAUCAAAGCUGUCACAGCAUUGAAACGUCAUGUGACUGGAUCCAGUCUGAUAUCUUGUUCUCUUGACGGUACUGUGAGGGUAUGGAGUCUGGAAACACUCGUGGAGUGCAAUAGACUGGACUUGGGUGUGGAGCUGCUGGGUCUGAGUGUCAGUGGUUGUGGUGGAGGAGACACUGUACAGCUAUUGGUCCACUCGCACCAGGACAUCAGUAUAUGGAAUCUCUCUCAGUUGGAGACCCAUUUUGCCAGCGUGUACUCCAACACUGUCGCUCUGAGUCGAGUCGAGUCGCCUGACUCUGCUAGGAUCAUGGCCACUGCAGAAGAUGGCAGUGUGAGACUGAUAUCUCCAGCGACCGGCGAAGUAAUCACAACUUUCUUUCCAAUCUUCACUGCCGACCUAUUGAGUGAGAUGGUCUACUGCCCACUGUGUCGACUGUUGUUUGCACUGCUGUCAACUGGCGAAGUGUUGGUCGCGUCAGCUCUCACCAAUCCCUGCUCCACCCUCCAGCUCUGGACCUCGACUCACAGGGAGAAGAUUGAGACCAUAUCAACCUGUAUGGUGGAGUGGAAGAGAAAGAGGCAGUCUCUGGUGUUUGGAGGCAGUGUCUGUGGCCAUAUCCUACUCCUCCACUCGUCUCUCUUCACAAUGGAGCCUCCGUGCCCUGCUCACGGAGGUCGUGUGUGCAAGCUAAUCAGCUCUGCUUCUCCGGUGAAGCUUGCUGCACCCUACAACCCUUCCACCCCACACCUUGUGUCUCUGGGAAGUGACAACUUUCUAAAUGCGUGGAGCAUACGUGUCAGAAAGGGGGACCACUUGGUGCUAAAGAUGUUGACUUGUGUACAGAUGGAGAGUGUCCCAGCACACAUUAGCCUGCUGGACACCCUAUUGUGUGUAGCAACCACCAGAAACACCGUGGAGAUGGUCGAUUUAUCUCCGGAACUGAUGGGAGGUCACCAAAACCCCUACCUCCCCCAGGGUCUUCUGUUCCACAGUCUCCCUGUUAUGAGUCACCAGAGAGAAGACCGACAUUCUGCCGCCAUCACCUCCCUUUCCUGCUGCCCACAGCUCCGUCUGUUUGCCACCACCUCACUCGACGGCCUCCUCAAAAUCUGGAGUCCCUCGAACUCACUGGUGGCGGAGAUUGAUUUCGGAGAGCGCCUCUUCACAGCCUGUUUUUCAAACUCCCGCGGAGACCUGCUCGUGGGGUUCCAGAGACAGCUCUGCAGUGUGGCUGCCUCUCACUACCUCCCCUCCUCCCAUCUCUCUCUGGGCCACAGUCCCAGCUCCCUCCUGGAGGAACCCAUACCUUUUGACCCCUCUCUACAGUUCUGGUAUGAUCCAGAGCGGGUACCUACUUACCCAGUACAACUGGAGGAGAGGGAAAAGCAUUGCUCUGUAUUGGACGACUACUGCACCAGUGAAUGCCCCAGCAAGACCCUGCAACAGAUGGAGAGUGCUAGAAAGGCGACUGUGACAGAUAAGAGAAGAUGCCGUAGCUCGACCAGUGAGGCAGUGAGGGUGGAACUCGUCAGACAAAACAGCCGUCAUAUCCUGGCCUCAUCGGUCGACGUCUCCCCUGGUGUACCACCGGAGAGCUCCUCUCUGUCGUCACUGAGAGAGACCAUCAUGAGUGGUCUUGGGGCCAUGAAGUCACACGAAGUUGCUAGGGCUCUUGUGACCGACAAGAGACCGUCAGGAAAUGUCCCGCCAAACAAGAGACUAGUAGCUCCCGUCAAGAAAUUUCCAGCAAGAGUCGCGCCACUUCGGGCGCCUUUCUCACCAAGCCUUCCCAUUGCCCCAGACUGUCUCAUUCCAAAUUCGACUCUGCGAGGGACGAUUGGCUAUGUUCCAGCCCCAGAUCCCCUGUCUCUCCUGCAGCAGUCAGCCAUUGAUAGGAUCCUGGGCACCUCACCUGACGGCAGACCUGAGCUGGAGAGACUCAGAGGCAAGAGGAGGAGAAGAACAGUGGAUGGUGUUGGGUCACGCAGUGGAGAGUCCGUCAGUGAGAAGAUGUCUGAAUCGGAUUCCGAAGAAUUGUACAAUGAUAUGGAGGAGAGAGAUGAAAUCAGUGAGGAGUGGGUUAAAUCGCCAGAUGUGGUGGCAUCCUCAAAUUUUGGCUCCAAUACCAGUCUACAGAGUGAGAAUAUCCUGAGAUUUGAAGGGAGAAGUUCACCUGAUGUUUCAGUCUCAUCGCAAGUCGACACAAUACCUCAAGAAACGGAGUCAAAGUUCCAGCCGUCUCCUCAGUACAACGCAGAGAGUAUCAACCCUGAAUCCAGUAAAACUGUGAUGUCAUCAAAUGAACCUUCAAAUGUGCCACCACCACCACCACCACCGAGGCAAUGUGAGCCCACUGCUCCUGUGGGAGUGGAAACAAUAGCCGUACCAACAGUGACCAUUCCCCUCCACGUGGGACCACCAAAGACCACCGCCGUCAAAUCUUCGCUGGCAAUACCCACUCAAAACGGCAGCCGUGGGGAAAGUGUGGCAGCCAAAUCUGGAGUGGCUGAGGAUGUAGUGUUACCUGCCAGAGAGCCAAGUAAAGAUGUGGAGGAUUCCUUUCUGCAGAGGGUCAUGGAAUUAGCCCACUUUCCACCAGACCUCCGUCGCACCAUUACCACUGUUCAGGAGGUGUGUGACGAAAUGGUGUCCAUGUUGAAGUGUGGGGAUCCAGAAAGUAUACAGAGUAUCAGUUCAGCCAUAGUUGAGUUGAAAAGAGAUGUAGUAUUGACAGAGGCCCAGGAGUCAGCCCUGACUCAUGUCCUUGUGACUCGACUACAACAGAGCUCUACCAGCAGUGCUCCCACACCUCCUGGAUUCCAAUGUGGGGAUUCGGAAGGCUGCAUUCAGUGCACUGCAGGCGAUAUCAGGGAUACGUAGCAGGUCAGAGCUUCACCACAGACUCGUUGAGAUGGGCAUCCUUCAACACAUUGAAUCUGAUGAGGAUGAGAUACUGAGAGCUCUGUCCAGGAGACUGGAAGGAAGCAGGUCAAGAAUGGCUGUCGAUGUCACAGAUCACUUUCUGCCCAGAGCUGGUGAGCAGGGCGCCACUGGGGAGGACGCCAGAGGAAGAAAGAAGAGGGAUGGAAAUAGAGCCGCAAUAAGAGGAGACGAAACUAAAUCCAGAGUUGGGAGGAAGGAGGAAAAUAAACCCAGAGAGAGGGAAAGAGAUGAGAAUAUGAAUGUGGAGUAAAGAAAGCAAAAACAGCGAAGAAGAUUGUGGGAGCUCCUAUCAUAUCCAGGGGGCAUCAACAGCACACUUCACUACUAGAGAGGGAGCCAGAGGUGGCAAACAGAGCAAGAGAUCUCUCAACAGUUUGGUGUCCAGAGCUGAUGAUAAUAUGGCAAUGUUUCGAGCCAGACUAAGGCACCAACCUGUGCUCCAUAUCAUUACUACAACUGGUGGCAGAGAGCUAAGACGAGGCAAUCAACCAGGGGGAAGACCUUUUCUCCCCAGCUAUGGGUAUGGAGCUAUGAGUAAAGCCAACAAUCUCCAGAGAUUGCUUGCUGCACAGCCGGCACAUUUCUCUCAGAGCGCUCCCGUUAGGGAGAUAAUGAGAGGGGCCUACCCCACUGCCCGAGGCGUGGGAGUGGAGAGAAAAGAGAGGGAUUUCAGGUGGACUGAAGUGUUCCCAGUUAUGAUGAGGAGGAAACGAAUUGAGAGCAGAGGACCAGCUAGUGAUAGUGGCCCAAGAGCAGGAGAUAUUCACCACUGCAGCAAGGAUGGAGACACCGAGUAUAAACUUCCAAAGAUUUUAUGAAAUGAUUCUCUGGUUCCAACCAGUCAUGUAUCAUACAAUUAUGAUGGAAAAUGGAAAAUCAAGGGUUACACCCUAAAUCCGAGAUGCGAGAGAAGGAGAGACAGAGAGCAAGUUAUAUAGAAGCAUUGGUGGUGAAUGAUGCGGUGAUGAUGACUUUGUUCAAAAGGGUUCAAAAAGGAAGAACUUGGUGAUAUGGCUGGGGCUGGGGCUGUCCUGUGAUGAAGUGCGGUCCAUUCCACAUUGUCCUAAUGUCCCCCUG